AUGAUUUUAAUUUGUCUGAUUUUCUUAGCUUUCGUGAGUUAUGCCAAAUGUGACAUCCCAGUUCACUGUUUGAGCAGACAUGUGGAGGGGAAGUGGGAGAUCAGCUUGGGCCUGCUGAAGGGGGAAAGCGGCGGCACUUCGGAUUGGGGACAGGACUACGACUACGAAUGCGGUUACCGCCGCCCGGACGAUUCCGUUUACCAUGACAGGACCAUAAACAUAAUCGAGAAUGGGGACAUAGAUCCUGAGUACAGUGGAUUCUGGAGGAUCGUAUACGACGAGGGAUUAUACAUGGAGGUGUAUAAAAAGAAUGACGAGAAAGGAAUUUAUUUCUCCUUCUUCAAAUUUCAACGAAAGAAGGACGCGUCUUAUAGUCACUGCAACAGGUUAAUCAUGGGGGUAGUUAAUGUGUAUCAUCUUAAUGGCAGUGAGGGAGGUUCUUCUUCGGGGCUUCCCCGGAUAGACGGUCUCGCAGAUCAGAAUGCAGGAGGAGAGAAGGACCCCCAAUUGGGGGGUGCCUUUCUCGUCAAGAUGGAGAAUAAAAGCACGAAUGGGUUAACCUCCAACAGGAUUAAUCUUUCCAAAGAGAGGUUCCAUUUUGUGGGCUUAAAAGAAGGUGCACGGAAGAAUUCGAGCCAUUCAAUCGACUAUUACAAUGAUAAUUAUAUUCAGUUUGACUUCUUCACCAUGAAGAGGUUUUGCUGGUAUGGGAAGAAGGUUGGUACGCCUGAUGAGCCUACGAACAAGAUCCCCGUGGAGAUCAUUUCUCCCCUUGUACUGGACCCAGACACGCACAACAAGAAUUACGCAAAUGUGACGUUGAAGUGGGGCGGUGCCAAUGGGGGAGAGACACAGCGAUUCGAUGACAAAGAAGUACAUACCCAUCUGACAGUCACCCAACUGAGAGCCCUCCCAAAACACACAAAGAGAUCACACAAAGGGGUGAAGCAGAACAGCAUAUUUAACACCUAUCGUGAGAAGGAAGUCACCUUGACACAGUUUGACUGGACAAACGAAGAUGAUGUGAGGAAGAGACUUAAUGGGAAAUGGGUAAAAGUUAUCGACGAAGUGAUCGACCAGAAGGAAUGCGGGUCUUGUUAUGCAAACUCAGCUGCGUUAAUUAUUAGCAGCAGAGUGAGAAUUAAAUACAGCUAUAUAAAAAACGUUGAUCUCCUAUCCUUUAGCAACAAGCAGCUAGUCCUUUGUGACUUCUUCAACCAAGGAUGUAAUGGUGGCUACAUUUAUUUGUCCCUAAAGUAUGCGUAUGAGAAUUUUCUUUUUACAAAAAAGUGUUUUCUGAGGUACUCCCAUUUAUAUUUGAAUAGAGACAAGAAGAAUAGCGCGUUGUGUGAUCGGUUUGAUACGUUUAAGAUCUUUCUGCAGAAGGGCAGGGAGGAAAACUACUUAAGUGCGCAGGUGGGGCCACCAGACAGACAGAGCAAACGAGUGCAACAGCACGAGCCUUUCAGGAGGAAUGAGGAAGAGGUCCGAGGGGAAGAACUGAUUAGGGGAGAAGAAAUGGGUAAAUCCUCUACCCAAGGUGAAGAGCACAAAGGGGCAAUUUUUCACAACGGGGGAAAUAAACACACUGGGCGCCAUGUCUAUGAUGUCCACGAUCUGCGCGACGGAGGAGACCUCCCCAGGGACGACGAGCUAAACGAGGGCUACCUCCCAGUCGAUGCCCCCGCGAGGGAUGCCAGCGAGCUGGACGUGCUAAAACUACACGAGUGCGACGCGAAAGUCAAAGUGACAAAGUUUGAGUACUUGGAUAUAGAGGACGAAGAGGAUUUAAAAAAGUACCUAUAUCAUAAUGGCCCCGUAGCAGCAGCAAUUGAGCCCUCAAAAAAUUUUCCGGCGUAUAGGGAGGGCAUACUAACAGGGAAGUUCAUAAAGAUGUCUGAUGGGGGGGAGUCCAAUGCGUACGUAUGGAAUAAGGUCGACCAUGCUGUAGUUAUAGUUGGGUGGGGAGAAGACACGAUUGAAAAUUUGAAAAAAAAAAAAAAAAAGGUUCACCAUUAUUCAGGUCAUCUUGACGAUUAUGCUAGUGCAAAGGGGGGCGAGGCCGCAGGGAAGGUCGUCAAGUACUGGAAAAUUUUGAACAGCUGGGGGACCAAGUGGGGGUACGACGGCUAUUUCUACAUUCUGCGCGAUGAGAAUUACUUCAGCAUAAAGUCGUACCUGCUCGCGUGCGACGUGAGUUUGUUCAUCAGGAGCGGAGAUUCGAGGGUGCAGCGAGGGUGA